AUGUCGUCGUUCAGCUGGAAAGGUCUUUUAGGCGUCAAUCAGACGUCUGCAUCCUCGUCAUCUGCCUCUCCAAGCACAUCGGCUGCCAUCAAUGGCUCUGCAGCAUCGACCGGUACCGCCGCAAAUCACGUCGCGUCGAGCGCAGUUGCUGCCAAUGCAGCCGCCGCAUCCAGCGCAGCAGGUGCAUCUGCCAUGAGUCCGUCUGCGUCUCGAUCACCACUCAAUUCCAAUCCGUACUCAGCGACUCAGCCAACAACACCCUCCGUGCCUCUCUUUGGCGGCAUGAUCCCGAGCUCAACCCCACAUCACAGCACCAGCUUCAUCCCAUCGUCCGCCUCCACCGCCCAGUCCUCCCUGAUCAUCUCGCGAAAACCAUCAGAGAUCCCCGUCAACUCGGUCGAGGGCGGAGGAUAUCUUCUCGGAAUGGAGAACUUUGGCAAUACCUGCUAUGUCAACUCAAUCAUCCAGUCGCUCUACUUUUGCCGACCUUUCCGGGAUUCGUUGCUCAGCUACAAGACUUCAAGUCGAGAGCGGUCCGAAUCCGACGCGGGCAGCCAGCAUGGCAUCCACACCAUUGGCGACCUUGCCUCUCGGACUCUCCCUGAUACGACACCUGACAGCAUCGACGGAGUUCCUUCGUCGGAUACGCUAUUUGCCUCGAUGCGCGAUCUUUUCGAAGUCUUCCAGCAAUCGGGGCAGCAAAAGGCGCUCUCUUCCCCCACCCGGUCCACAGCUCCCGGAUCCCUCCCGCUCUCGAGCCCAAUAUCGCCUUCCCCUCCCACCAUUGCAGAGCAGCCAGGCGUCUCGAGGAAGACUUCAAUCUUGGGUCGUCCUUCCACUGCCGGCACCACUUCCGGCAGAGGUGGAGCAGGCAACCAGACCGUCUCUGCCGCCACAGUCAACGCCAGUGCCACUGCAGCUCAAGCCAUCCCCAUCACGCCCAACUCGGUUGCAGGUUCGGGUCCACCCAACCUGUCCAUCUCAACCGGCUCCAUAGGCACAGUCGCUUCCGGCUUUCCAUCGGUCGACUCGAGCGCGGUCAAGUCCUUCCUGAGCACCCUCAAGCGCGAGAAUGUGCUCUUUGAUAGCACCAUGCACCAGGAUGCACACGAAAUGCUCAACUUUGUGCUCAACAAGGUCGGCGAAGACCUCAUCGAUGCUGACAAGGCCAAGAACCGCGUGAGGAUGCAGAGCCGCAAUCCAUACCUCAAUGCAAGGACCGAUUCGGACAAAACGGUCGAUGCUCAAAGGAAACGCAACGUCAUGGAAGUGGGACCCAACGGCAAGACGUGCGUGCAUCGCCUGUUUGAAGGCGUCUUGACCAACGAGACCCGCUGCCUCACGUGCGAGACGGUCACCUCUCGUGACGAGUGCUUCUUGGAUCUCUCGAUCGACAUCGAACAGAACUCGUCCGUCACGUCGUGCCUGCGUCAGUUCUCGGCCUCGGAAAUGCUCCGUUCCCGCAACAAGUUCUUUUGCGACUCGUGCUCCGGCCUGCAAGAGGCAGAGAAGCGAAUGAAGAUCAAGAAGCUCCCCAAUGUGCUCGCACUUCACCUCAAGCGCUUCAAGUAUGAGGAGACGGUGCAGAGAUUCGUCAAGCUCGCCUAUCGCGUCGUCUUUCCGCUCGAGCUUCGACUUUUCAACACCUCGGACGACGCCGAAGAUCCCGAUCGACUCUACGAGCUGAGCGGCAUCGUCGUGCAUAUCGGAGCAGGGCCUCAUCACGGACACUACAUCGCGGUGAUCAAGGUGGGCGAUCGAUGGGUGCAGUUCGACGACGACGUCGUGACCUACAUCGAUGAAGCCGAGAUCUGCAAAUACUACGGCGAUCGACCUGGUCUCGGCAGCGCAUACGUCCUUUUCUAUCAGGCUGUCGAUCUGGACUUUGAGGUUCUCGGCUUGGAGGAUCCUGCGCUUCACGCUUUGGCCCAGCAGAGGAUAGCGGCGGCCGCCGAUCUGGAUGGCAGGGGCAGAGCGGGCCUAAAAGCGCCUGAUUUCGCUGAUCCACGCAGCAACAUCUCUCCUGACCGAUCGGCUGGCGCUGCAACGGCGAAUCGAUCGCGGCUGGACUCCGUGACCGAAGGAAGCGCAGUCACCUCGGCUGGUGCAGCGGGUGGGGCCGAAGCUGGUCAAAGCGGCAACGGAUGGUUCGGGUCCUUCCGCAACCGUGAGAAACGAGCAGGAAGUCAGUCGAGGCGCCGACCCAAGACGACAUCAUCGGCAGAUCCGAUUGCGCCUGGCUUGCCUGACGUGCCUACUUCGGCAACUCACGGUGAGCUUGCCAAGCAUGCUGCUGCUGAACUUGCGGGCACAACACCAGACGACGGCUCCGUAUCGACGCACUCGGCUGCUGCCAACGACGGCGCCUCCCGCGGCACGUCCUUAGUCACGUCGUUCGCAGCAACUCCGGCGACUGAGCACACUGCGCCGUUAGCCCACAAUGGCUUCUCGACGAUGGAAACCACGCCAGCGUCGACCACGGAUGCGAGCGUGAGCCGCGCUACAACCGAUUCGCCCAGCGAGUCCAAGUACGGCCGAAUGCUCUUGAACCAAGGGGAUGCUGCCGCCAACCGUGAUGCUCGCGAGCAGAAUUUUAUGCGAGGCGCAAUGAACCGGCGUGCUCGUGCCGCUUCCGAGGGCUUCCCUUCCCCGAACGCUUUGUCCGAAGCACCACCCGAUUCAAAUGGCCGAUCAGGCAUGGCUCACGGGGGCCAUCUUACAGCUGAACCGGAAGAUGCACAUCAUGCCGCAGUGACGCCGUCGGCCAUGGAAGCAAGUGCUACCUCUCAUACAUCAUCGAACGCACCACAUCAGCGCGAGACGUCGACCGGCAGCGGCUUUGCGCCUCUGGAAAGGUUGCUGUCGUCCAAGAACCAAAAGUCGCAGACCAAGACGGCCCGGCGAGCGUCUUCGAGCUAUAUGCCCUUGUCGCCAACGGCAGAGAAGGGCGAGAAAAGGGAAGGUAUGCUGUCGAACCUGUUUUCUUCCUCAUCUUCAUCGUCGGCAGCACAGUCGAAGCGCAACUCCGUGCAGCAGUUGGCCAACGGCGCUGACAUGAGCGGAGGCACGGUGGAAGCAGGACACCAACCCACACGCAAGCCGAGCUUGUCGACGCGGACGUUGAGCAAGACCUUUGGAUUCGGUCGCAACAAGCAGACCUAG